AUGACGAGCCACCUUUCCUACGGUGUUGCACCGUACGCGGUGCUGGGGCCUCUGGUGUGGAAGGUGGUGCAAGAAUGGCGGGAGCAGGGGGGCCUGCCGCUGGCGCUGGGCUCCUGGUGGCUGCACCUGCUGCUGCUCUUCGUGGUGCGGGGGCUCACCUACCAGUUCUGGUUCACGUACGGCAACAUGCUCUUCUUCACCCGCCGCCGCCGCGUCGUCGCCGACGGCGUCGACUUCCGCCAGAUCGACGCCGAGUGGGACUGCCGGGUUCGGGACGCCGCUGGAGGUGCUGCUGCUGACUCUGGUGAUGGGGGCCCCGCUGGCGGGGCCUUCCUGGUGGGGGCCGGGUCCAUAGGCCUGGUCUACGUGCACGCCCUCGCGUUCGACUACCUGCGCGCCAUGGGCUACAGCAACGUCGAGGUCGUGUCGCCCAGGGUCUUCGAAGCGUUCCCGCUGCUCAGAUACAUCCUCUACACACCUUCGUACCUGAGCCUCCACCACCGCGAGCGGCGCGGCAACUUCUGCCUGUUCAUGCCGGCGCUGGACUGGCUGGGCGGGACGCUGGACGAGCGCGCGUGGUCGCUGCAGCGGGCCGCGUACGACGGCGAGCCGGGCGGCGGCGCGCUGGGCACGCCGGGGUUCGUGUUCCUGGUGCACGUGGUGGACAUCAUGUCGUCGAUGCACGUGCCGUUCACGCUGCGGUCGCUGAGCGCCAGGCCGUUCGCCAACCACUUAUACCUGCUCCCGUUCUGGCCGCUGGCCUUCUUCUUCAUGCUCCUCAUGUGGUGCUGUUCCAAGACCUUCGUCGUCAGCUUCUACUGCCUCCGCGGCCAGCUCCACCAGACCUGGUCCGUGCCCCGCUACGGCUUCCAGUACUUCCUGCCGGCGGCGAAGAAGGGCAUCAACAAGCAGAUCGAGCUGGCCAUCCUGCGGGCCGACAGGAUGGGCGUCAAGGUGCUCAGCCUCGCCGCGCUCAACAAGAACGAGGCGCUGAACGGAGGCGGCACCCUGUUCGUGAACAAGCACCCGGACCUGCGGGUGAGGGUGGUGCACGGCAACACGCUGACGGCGGCCGUGAUCCUGAACGAGAUCCCCAGCAACGUGAAGGAAGUGUUCAUGACCGGCGCCACCUCCAAGCUCGGCAGGGCCAUCGCGCUCUACCUCUGCAGGAAGAAGAUCAGAGUCCUGAUGUUCACGAUGUCGUCGGAGAGGUUCGUGAAGAUCCAGAGGGAGGCGCCGGCGGAGUUCCAGCAGUACCUCGUGCAGGUGACCAAGUACCAGGCCGCACAGAACUGCAAGACGUGGAUCGUGGGCAAGUGGCUGUCGCCGCGUGAGCAGCGGUGGGCGCCGUCGGGGACGCACUUCCACCAGUUCGUGGUGCCGCCCAUCAUCGGCUUCCGGCGGGACUGCACCUACGGCAAGCUGGCCGCCAUGAGGCUGCCCAAGGACGUGCAGGGCCUCGGCUCCUGCGAGUACACGAUGGAGCGCGGGGUGGUGCACGCGUGCCACGCCGGCGGCGUCGUGCACUUCCUCGAAGGAUGGGACCACCACGAGGUGGGCGCCAUCGACGUCGACCGGAUCGACGUCGUCUGGAACGCGGCGCUCAAGCACGGGCUGGCGCCGGUGUGA